AUGGCGAAAUCUAUUUAUGAUGUUUUAAAAAAUUUUCCUGAAUGUAAAAACAAAGUAGAUGAAUAUUCUACUGACUGGAUCAGUGGAUUAGGAGGCCCUUGGAAAGAUUUAUGUGAUGAACACGCAAAAAAACUUUUAUUAAAUAAAUUAAUACCUGAAGAAAAAAAAUCAAAAAUUAUAUGUACCCAAGCCAUGCGAUACCUAGUUGAUGUUAAUGGGAGAAUGAAUAAAAGUUUAAAUGAAGCCGGUUGUGAUUAUCUUUAUUAUUGGAUAUAUGAACGGCUACAUAAUCAUGACAAAGAUAUAAGUGUUCAUGUCAAUGAUGUUCAUAAUGAAUUACUUGAUAUAUUUACUGAAAAAUAUAAAAUAAUUGGUAAUAAUAACAUAUGCAGAAAUCUUGAGGAUCCGAUUACAAAAAUAUAUUUUCCCCAAAUCAUUGAUGUAUAUAAUGUGUAUAAUAAAAUAAUUAAAUAUACAUCUAGUAAUGAUAACGUUUUUAAAGAAGUAGUAGAUAUAAUGAAUAAACAUAAUGAAAAAAUAGAAUCUCUAUAUAGCGAAAUUAAGAAAUCGAGAAUAAUAAUACCUUGCAAAAGUAACACGAUAGUUCCUAUUAUGAUUACAUUUGUAGUAGCAGUAUUAAUAUCAAUUUUUAUAUUUGUUUUACUUAAGUUCACGAAAUAUGGUUCAUUGUUGCGACAUGGGGUAUUAUGGAAAAGAAAUCAUUGGGAUAGCCUAGGUGAAGAAAAUAAUAUGUUCGAAAUUCCUGAUAUAUCUAGUAGUUUUUCAAGAGAAAAUGAAUAUAAUAUAUCAUACAAUUAUCGAUAA